UGUUCCCCAGGCGCCUCCCAUGGUAUGGGAAGUAGCAUCGCUAACGCUAGGUUAUAGCUAGGUUAUCUGAGAGUUGUUGUAGUUGGGUGACAUUACAUUAAUACUCAUUAUCGCAUGUACUUUUUUCUCUUGUACUGUACGUGUGGACUGCUUGAAACUGGAUUUACAUGUUCCGUGAUCUAACUGGUCAGGUGCGCUGUCUUCUCCGGGCCCUAACUACGACUGCGGUGGUAUGUUCAAACUGAAUGUCAUGGUUUCCUGGAGCCAUGUCCUGUAAAUCCAAAGUGGCCCCGAGCGUCGACUUCGACCACAGCUGCUCGGACAGCGUCGAGUAUCUGACGCUCAACUUCGGUCCGUUCGAGACUGUGCAUCGCUGGAGGCGUCUCCCGCCGUGCGACGAGUUCGUGGGUGCAAGACGCAGCAAGCACACAGUGGUGGCGUACAGGGACGCCAUCUACGUGUUUGGAGGCGACAAUGGGAAAAACAUGCUCAACGACCUGUUGCGUUUCGAUGUGAAGGACUGCUCAUGGUGUCGGGCGUUUACCACUGGAACCCCCCCUGCCCCCAGAUAUCACCACUCCGCUGUCGUGUAUGGAAGCAGCAUGUUUGUGUUUGGCGGCUACACAGGGGAUAUCUAUUCAAACUCCAACCUGAAGAACAAAAAUGAUCUGUUUGAGUACAAGUUUGCCACUGGUCAGUGGACAGAGUGGAAAGUGGAGGGGAGGUUAGUAGCCAGGUCCGCCCAUGGAGCCACCGUCUAUGAUGAUAAGCUGUGGAUCUUUGCUGGCUAUGAUGGAAAUGCAAGGUUGAAUGACAUGUGGACCAUUGGUCUUCAGGACCGUGAGCAGGCUUGUUGGGAAGAGAUUGAACAGAGUGGUGAGAUCCCCCCCUCUUGCUGUAACUUUCCUGUAGCUGUGUGUCGGGACAAGAUGUUUGUCUUCUCCGGCCAAAGUGGAGCCAAAAUCACCAACAAUCUGUUCCAGUUUGAGUUUAAAGGUCAUAUAUGGACCCGUAUCCCCACUGAGCACCUCCUGAGGGGUUCGCCCCCACCCCCCCAGAGGCGCUACGGCCACACCAUGGUGGCUUUCGACCGGCACCUCUACGUGUUCGGGGGAGCGGCAGACAACACGCUGCCCAACGAGCUCCACUGCUACGACGUAGACUCUCAGACGUGGGAGGUGAUUCAGCCCAGCACAGACAGCGAGAUGCCCAGUGGGAGGCUCUUCCAUGCAGCAGCUGUCAUCCACGACGCCAUGUACAUAUUUGGAGGCACCGUUGACAACAAUGUUCGCAGUGGAGAGAUGUACAGGUUUCAGUUCUCUUGUUAUCCGAAGUGCACUCUUCAUGAAGAUUAUGGCAAGCUAUGGGAGAACCGGCAGUUCUGUGACGUGGAGUUUAUCUUGGGAGAGAGGGAGGAGAGAGUUCUAGGUCAUAUUGCCAUAGUAACGGCCCGUUGCCAGUGGUUGCGGAAGAAGAUUCUUCAGGCCAGAGAUCGACAGAAACAAAAGGGGAAGCAGGAGGCGGGUGCGGAGGACGAGGAGGCCACCGCAGGCAGGCAGAAGGACAGCCCCGGUGCUGGGCGGUCCUCAGGAGGCCCCGCCCUGUUGGAGGUGUCCAUCAGGGAGGCCGAGGCCCAGCCGUUUGAAGUGUUGAUGCAAUUCCUGUACACAGACAAGAUCCAGUACCCGCGGCGAGGUCAUGUUCAGGACGUCCUCUUGAUCAUGGACGUUUAUAAACUUGCCUUGAGUUUCAAGCUGUCGCGACUGGAGCAGCUGUGCGUGCAGUACAUCGAGGCCUCAGUUGACCUGCAGAACGUCCUCAGCGUGUGCGAGAACGCCAACAAGCUCCAGCUCGACCAACUCAAGGAGCAUUGCCUUAACUUUGUAGUGAAGGAGACCCACUUUAACCAGGUGAUCAUGACCAAAGAGUUCGAGCUCCUGUCCACACCGCUCAUUGUGGAGAUUGUGAGGAGAAAGCAGCAACCUCCUCCCAGAGUCUACUCGGACCAGCCGGUGGACAUAGGAACGUCUCUGGUGCAGGACAUGAAGGCUUAUCUGGAAGGGGCGGGGCUGGAAUUCUGUGACAUCAUCCUGCUGCUGGACGGCCAUCCUCGUCCAGCUCAUAAAGCCAUACUGGCAGCCCGCUCCAGCUAUUUUGAAGCGAUGUUCCGCUCGUUCAUGCCUGAAGACGGACAGGUGAACAUCUCCAUAGGCGAGAUGGUGCCCAGCAAGCAGGCCUUCGAGUCCAUGCUGCGCUACAUUUACUACGGAGACGUCAACAUGCCUCCAGAGGACUCGCUGUACCUGUUUGCUGCGCCAUACUAUUAUGGCUUUUCCAACAACAGGCUGCAGGCCUACUGCAAGCAGAACCUGGAGAUGAACGUUACCGUGGAGAAUGUGCUGCAGAUACUCGAGGCAGCUGACAAAACCCAGGCUCUGGACAUGAAGAAGCACUGCCUGCAUAUUAUAGUGCACCAGUUUAUCAAGGUGUCCAAGCUCCCCAACCUGCGAUCGCUCAGCCAGCCACUGCUGUUGGACAUCAUAGAGUCCCUGGCAUCUCACAUAUCAGAUAAACAAUGUGCUGAGAUGGGCUCCGAUAUAUAGGCAUGACCUUCUCUCUGCUUCUCAUCUGUUUGUUUGUUUGACUCUUCAGUUGUCUCAUAUCUGUUGUUUCCUUCCUUCCCUGUUUGUCUGUUCCCUGCUCUGUGUGUGUGUGUGUGUGUGUGUGUGUGUGAGGGAGAGAGAGAGAGAGACAUGCAGGCCUUGUGUAGACUCUGUAAACACAGCUUCAUGUAAAGGCUACGUUUAUGGAGACGUUAUGCAUUGACGACUGGCAUAUCUAUGCUGAAGGAUCCAUGUUCAUUACCUGAAAGUAUCCUGCACACCCAAAUGUGUGCAAAAUGUAUUCGCAUGGUUUUAAGAUUACUGAAGGGGGGUGGGGGAUUCUGACAAAUGUAUUAUUCCAUUUAUUCAGUACUUUGCUUAUAGGUUUAAAAUGCCUGUUUCACAAAAUGAAAAUUAAAAAUGAUUAACAGAGAGAUAUAUACACACACUGCAUACUGUAAAUAUUAAAUGCUCAAACCUUUAUGCCUAAACCCUUGGGUUUGUUCAAUCUCAGUAUUGCCAGUUAUUCAGGACAAUAUGCAGUUCAGUGAUUAUAUGUACGGCUUCACAUGCUACUGUGUGCCAUUUCUAUUCUGUGACUGCUUUGAUGACUUUAUGGGCCCUGCGUAACCUGAUCAUAUAAUGUUAAUAAAUCCUUUACGUGACUUCA